GUUUUUGGUUGGCUGCCUUCUUGCCCUAACGUCAGCGUCAACCUAAGACAAAUUCAUUUUAAAUUUUAUAAUUUGUUUUACGUUAGUUUUUGGUGAUAUAACUAUAAUUUUAUAUAUUGAAGCAGGUUGUUAGUGUGUUAUAAAAGGCGAAGAAUAUUGAGUCGAGUUAAACGACGAGUGACAUGUUGAUUCACAUUGCCCACUCCUAACGAGCUAAAUUUUAAACCCCAGUUAACUGUCGAUGUCUCUAGCGAUUGCGAACGUUAGACAAAGCCGAUAUUUUAUUAGUGUGUAUGUAGUUCUUAUUUUUUCAUAAUUUGUGUGUGUUUAGUGCCCUAGAUAUGGAUGAAGAUUUCAGCGCUAUAAAAUCUGGAAUAAGCGUUGACAUCAAAAGAACAGAUGGAAGGGUGCAUCCUGCAGUUGUCUCUGGAGUCAACCAGGCCACACGAUGUGUUACUGUCGAAUGGUUCGAGCAUGGAGAAACCAAGGGCAAAGAGAUCGAGAUUGAAGCCAUUCUUGCAUUAAACUUACACCUGGCUGCCGGAAACUACAACAACCAGAACGCCGUACCUAACAACCAAGGAUACCCAUUGGCUCGGGGCUCUAGCGAGGAGGAAGAAGAAGAGACGAGCGAUGUUGAAGAUGAAGGGACGGCACAGAGACAGCCGUCUACCGCUACUUUGCCCAUCCGCACCACCUUGCCCUCCCGCCCGUACUCAACCAAAGCUUCAAUUCCCAUUGUAAACAACAAAGGUUCCUAUAGAUCAAAUAAGGUUCAAUCCCGUCCGACGACUAUUAACAGCAACAGUGUGAAUGGCCAUUUGGCGUCAGAGGUGCAGAGCGUUCCCCCCACUCCAACCAUCCCUGUAGCGACGGCUACCCGCUUUACCAACAACAUGGCCCCGAACAACACUGCGGCUAAUAACGCAGCCAACAACGCAGCUGCUGCGGCCGCCGCACGGAAGGCUACUAGUCGCCAGAGCAAUGUCGUCAAAGAGGUAGAAAAGCUGAAGAAGAAUAGAGAAGAGAGGCGCCAGAGACAAGCGGAACUGAAGGAAGAAAAAGAAGCAUUGAUGAACAUUGAUCCGGGAAACCCCAACUGGGAAUUCCUGGGAAUGAUUAGAAAUUACCGAGCCAAUAUAGAUUUCCGACCUAUCAAAGAUACCGACCCAGUAGAAGAUCAUCAAAUUACAGUUUGUGUAAGAAAACGACCUCUCAACAAGAAAGAAGUGGUUCGGAAGGAAGUUGAUGUAAUUUCAGUGCCCAGCAGAGACCAAAUAAUUGUUCACGAACCGAGGAACAAAGUAGAUCUAACGAAAUAUCUUGAAAACCAACACUUUCGAUUUGAUUACGCGUUUGAUGAUACUUGCUCCAAUGAAAUAGUUUAUAAGUUCACCGCUAAACCUCUAGUCCAAACGAUAUUCGAUGGCGGAAUGGCCACAUGUUUCGCCUACGGCCAAACUGGUAGUGGGAAGACGCAUACGAUGGGAGGUGAUUUUAACGGCAAGACUCAGGAUUGCAAGAAGGGUAUAUACGCUAUGGCUGCGAAGGACGUGUUCAAAUUCCUAAAGUCGCCUCAGUAUAAACCUCUCAACCUUGUUGUUUCCGCUAGCUUCUUUGAAAUUUACAGUGGAAAGGUAUUCGACCUUUUGGCGGACAAGUCAAAACUAAGAGUAUUAGAAGACGGAAACAACGUUGUGCAAAUUGUUGGGCUGACAGAGAAGAUUGUGGAUUCUGUCGAAGAAGUUCUCAAACUGAUUCAGCACGGAAACACCGUCAGGACCUCUGGGCAGACAUCGGCCAAUUCCAACUCAUCUCGUUCACACGCUGUGUUCCAAAUCCUCCUGCGGCCGCCCGGUAUGAACCGCAUCCACGGCAAGUUCUCGCUAAUCGAUCUAGCUGGUAACGAGCGGGGCGCGGAUACGUCUUCUGCCAACAGGCAAACGCGGAUGGAGGGAGCAGAGAUCAACAAGUCACUGUUGGCGCUGAAAGAGUGCAUCCGAGCGCUUGGUAGGAAGGGCGCUCAUCUGCCGUUCCGAGUCUCCAAACUGACGCAGGUGUUGCGAGACUCGUUCAUCGGUGAUAAGUCCAAGACUUGUAUGAUCGCAAUGAUCAGUCCCGGCCUCAGUUCAUGUGAACACUCGCUGAACACGUUGAGGUACGCAGACCGAGUGAAGGAGUUGGCGGCCUCAGACCCGACGGAACCCAAAAGUAACUCAUCACCCGAUGAUGAACAGCCACAACGGCCUCGUCACAACAACUCUGGCGGCAGCGAGGUGUUCGAUGACGACGAUCUGGCAACACUGCGCUCUCUCAAUGAAGGUGAGAUCUCUGCGGAGAUGAUGACGUUCCACGAGGCGGUGUCCCAGCUGCAGUUGUUGGAGGAGGACGUGCUCGAGACACACAAAGGCGUACUGGACUGUCAUGCGAGCUGGCAGCAACGUCACGCGCAGCUACUCAACAUGGCGCGCGACGUCGACUACGACCAAGACGCGUAUUCAAAACAGCUGCGGAAUCUGCUGGUUGAAGAGAUCGAAGUGUUGAAACAGAUCUUGGAAAAGAACGAUCAGUUCCGUGUUCAGCUCGUCAACGAGGAACAGAUCAGCCAGAAGAUGAAACACCCCCAGCAUCUCGGCUACAACUAACGGAACUGUAAAAUAUCGCUAUUUCACUCUUCACAAUGUUUAACUGUGCUAUUCGUUCGCUAAGUUUGUCUAAAAACACCCUUUGUGUGUAAACUACAUUCCCUAUACAAUUCGAGCUAACCAAAACUAAACUGUACUAAUCGAAAGUGAUAAUUUCUGGGUUAGGUUAUGUUUUACAUCACACAUUGAAAUUACGUUUAAACAGUCAGAUUUUAUUGUUUGGAAACUUGGAACAAAUGGUGCAAAAAUUUUAAGUUUGUUCUUAGUUUUCAAUUUUAUCGAUGCCUCUAAUUACUUUUGAUAUUGUAAAUAUAUUGUUUCCUUUAUUUCUCUGUUAUCUCUUAUUUAUUGGAUUGCUGCAAGGUUAGUAAUAUGUUACAAGGUACAUUCAAUAGCUUUGCGAUUAUAAAUUGUUUGUAACGAUUAAUAAAUUUUAUAAUUCUGAAAUUUGUAUUGUUAUUUUGUUUGUACGCAAAUGAAGUUCGGUAAUUUGUUGCUAUUUUAUAGCGAACGAGUGUAGCUUUAAAAAAGCUUAGGAUUGGUCUGAAGCAUGUCAGUAUCUCGAAGAUAUUGUAUUACAGAAUAUUAUCUCAUAAUGGCCUACUCAAACAUUGUACUUUGUGAAAUAUUAUUGUUAGAGAUCGGCUUACUUUUAGAAUUAUUUUAUCAAACCAAAUUUUAGCUUUGUUAGGUUUUGUAUCACUGCCCUGUUUGUUUUAAUAUCCGAUUUCGAGAAUGUUCACCUCUUAAAGUUCACUGAAUGUAAUUUUAUAAAAAUAAGGUUUAAAUACCUAUAUGAAGCUUGUUGGUUAAUAUAAAAAUGUCGACUUGGAAGUUUAUUUUGGUUUAAGCAUAGUCGAAAAGCUGCAGGUUGGUAUAGAAUGAUUAUUGCUCUUUUUUAUAUUGUCCUAAGCUUACUAAAAUUGUGUUUUGAUACGUUAAGAAAGAACAAUUAAUUAUCGCCAACCUUAUAAAGUAAUUGUUAAGUAUCAAUUGUGUUAUGAAGGUCCUAAUAACAUAACAAAUUGUUUAAAAUCCCAUGUAGCUCUGUAUAGCUUUAAUUAAAUUAAUUACGAUAAUGUGAUUUUAAUAAAUAAGUUUUGUGCAUCCUUUAUAAUAAAAAUGUUAACAUUUG